AUGGAGCGGAUCAGGAGCCUGUGCUGCUUGGCUCUUGUGCUGGCAGCCGCCGGCGGGUGCCUCGGCUCAGCCCAGGACCCACAGUGCUCAGGGGCAGCGGCGGUGCAGAGGCGCAGCAACUGCCACCCGCAGUCUGGCGUGUCCCGCGAGGCCUGCGAGGCGCGGGGCUGCACAUGGUGUGCCACCGACGUGGCCAGCGCUCCCUCGUGCUUCUUCCCUGAGGACAGUCCCUAUGGCUACUCGCUGGGUGGGAGCACUGAGAAGACAACCAAAGGCUGGAGGGUAACACUGAGCAAGCACCAGGCCUUGUCCCUCUUCGGAAAUGACAUUUCCCCGGUCGUCUUGGAAGUGGAGUUCCAGACAACGGACAGACUCCGGUUCAGGCUCUAUGACCCCAACAGUCAGCGGUUUGAAGUCCCACUCGAGAUCAGCUCCCCCGGGGUUACAGCCGAUGAGGCCAGCUAUGAUGUGGAGCUCACGGAUGACUCCUCACAGUUCAGGAUCAGGAGGAAAAGCACUGGCACUGUGCUGUGGGACAGUCCCCUCGCUGAUCUGAUUUUCUCCAACCAGUAUCUUCAGAUUGCAACUACUGUGCCAUCCACUUCGGUGUAUGGGUUUGGUGAACAUGAGCACCCAUCCUUCAAACACAGCAUGGACUUCGUUACCUAUGGCAUGUUCAGCAGAGAUCAGGCACCAGAGCCAUUUGCCAACCUCUAUGGAGUUCACCCUUUCUAUAUGUGUGUAGAAGCUGACUCCAAUGCCCAUGGUGUUCUCCUGCUGAACUCCAAUGCACAAGAUGUUACUCUGAGUCCAAACCCAUCUUUAACUUUCCGCACUAUUGGAGGGAUCCUUGACUUCUAUGUCUUCCUUGGACCAACUCCUGAAAACGUAAUUCAACAAUACACAGAGGCCAUUGGACGCCCACACAUGCCUGCCUACUGGUCUCUGGGAUUUCACCUCUCCCGAUGGGAUUAUGGCAGCAUUGAUGUUUUAAAGAAAACCGUUGAUCGUAUGCACUACUAUGAUAUCCCAUACGAUGUCCAACAUUUUGAUAUUGACUACAUGGAGCGUCGCCUGGACUUUACCUAUGACAAAGUGAACUAUGCAGGUCUGCCACAGUACCUCCAACAGCUGAAGAAGGAAGGAAUGCACAAUGUCAUAAUUCUGGACCCUUUCAUAACUAAGGAUGAAGAACCAGGCACUUACAGGCCUUAUGACCUUGGAGAGGAAAUGGGAGUCUGGGUGAACAACUCUGAUGGCGUAACUCCUGCUGUCGGCAAGGCCUUGCCCCCCGGAGAUUCGGUGUUUCCUGACUACACUAACCCCAGGACAGUGGAAUGGUGGACCCAGAUGUGUCUGGAGUUUAAGGAUGUCCUUGACUACGAUGGGAUCUGGAUUGAUAUGAAUGAACCAUCCAAUUUCUUAGAAGGCCAGUAUCCUGGAUGUGCUGUUAAUGAUAUCAAUAACCCUCCUUAUGUUCCUAGUGUUUCUAAUAAUUCCCUGGCACAGAAGACAUUGUGUCCCGAUUCCAAGACCUACCUUGGGGAGCAUUAUAACACACACUCUCUCUUCGGCUGGUCACAGACAGCACCAACUUUCAAUGUUGUCCAGCAGGCAACUGGAAAGCGAGCGUUUGUCCUGACUCGGUCUACGUUCGUUGGCAGUGGGAAGUAUGGGGCUCACUGGCUGGGCGACAACUUCUCUAGGUGGAAAGACAUGCACCAGUCAAUCAUUGGAAUCCUGGAAUUCAACCUCUUUGGCAUCCCCUUUGUUGGUGCUGAUAUCUGUGGGUUUAACGAGAACACUACCUAUGAGCUCUGCUUACGCUGGAUGCAGCUUGGCUCUUUCUACCCAUUUUCCAGAAACCACAAUUCAGAGGGAAAUAGUGCACAAGACCCAGCGGUAUUUGGAAGAAAGUUUGCCAAGAUAGCUCGUGCUACACUUCGGAUCAGAUACUCCCUGCUGCCAUACUUAUAUACCUUGUUCUUUGAGUCUCAUGUUCAUGGAAACACGGUGGUGCGGUCACUGAUGCACGAAUUCACUUCUGAUCAACAAACUCAUGGAAUAGAUACUGCCUUCCUUUGGGGACCUGCUUUUAUGAUUGCUCCUGUUCUUCAAGAGGGAGCAAGAUCCGUGGAUGUAUACUUCCCUGAAGCACAAUGGUUUGACUACUAUACCGGUCAUAAACUGCCGAGUACCUGGAACAAGAACUAUGCUACUGUGCCUGCUCCAUUGAGCAAGAUCCCUCUGUUUAUCCGUGGAGGCUACAUUCUGCCUGAACAGGCACCAGCCACAACCACUGCUAAGAGCCGUCUGAACCCAUUCGGGCUCAUUAUUGCCCUGGAUGAACAAGGAAAAGCUUCUGGGUCUCUCUUCUGGGAUGAUGGUGAUUCAAUUGAUACUAUUGAAAAGGAGAACUACUUCUUGGCUAAAUAUACAUACAGCAAAGGACACCUGAAGACAGAAAUACUUAAAAAUGGAUACCAAGGGGCUGACUCUCUGGAAUUCAAGAAAAUUACAAUUCUUGGCCUGAAACGGAGACCUUACAUUGUUUCUCUGAAUGGAAGAGCCGUCCGUGGAUAUGCUUCCUCUUAUGAGCUGAGUGGGAAACUCACUUUAUGGAUUUCUGCCCCACUUACUCAGGAACUCAACAUUGUGAUUUACUAGAAUGGUCAGAAAACACUGAUUAUGUCCUUUAGCAUCCUUGGCUCUCAGAUACUGAUUUUACUUUGAUUUUAAUGUAAAAAAACAUAUUUAGCCAUUGAAACAUUACUUA